UCUCGCCUAUGUCAAUUUUGAAGAGAGGCAUUGAUGUGUGGACACAAGCAGCAGAUGGGAUGGCACAAGGGUCUGUCUCUUAGUUACGUCCACACACACACACAUCCAUACACACACACAUGGCUCUCUCUCUACAGCCAAAAAAGGCAGGCAGCCUCAAUCAAGGGGACGGCUCAUACGUGGCAGGCAUUCAUAGCGUCCGUCCAUGGCAUUCAGUCGUGACGGACAGACAGACAGACAAAAACGCUGAGUGCUCCCUAGCUGCGCUCAUCUCAUCCGGCCAUCGGCAGGUAGACAGGUACACACACACCGAUCAGUGAGUGAGAAAUGAAAUACUGACAGCAUACACACCGCCCUACUAUCCAUCCAUCCAUCCAUCGACCUUUUUUCUAUCGGUCGGUCUCACUCACUUUACACACACCGUUUAAUGCACCACACACCGCUUCCGUCUUAAACCCGAAAGCCGACAGUCAGCCACGCAGACAGCCACGCAUUGGGAAGGGCGAUGGGGCGAUGGACGGGUGCUAUGACAUCAUCGCUGGCUAGCGUGGUUAGUUGAAGAGCAUCUUACGGAUGGCGGGCUUGCAGUCUUCGACCACCAGCUUCAGGCGGGCGUCCUGCAUGACCACACACACAGACACGCAGACCCACACAAAUGCAUUCAUGUGUGUAUGCCCGUUCCCUCCGCUGGCUGGCUGACCAGUGUGUUGUCGACGACGAUCUUGCCGCCGUGCGUCAGCAGCAGCACACCGCCAGCACUGAAUCAAUGACAUAGCGGAGCAGGAUUCAUCUGAGUGCUUCCCACCCUCCCUUGCCGACUGACUCACUGACUGACUGACCAUGUCUUUCCCUCUAUGGGCCCGCCAGUGGGUGCUGGAGGCAGGUAUGUCUGCACACACACACAUGGACGUGCCGGCCGUGCAGUGAUUGUUGUGGGCUGUUCGUCCGUCCGGCACUCACCUUGGAGUCGAGUGUCAGGUUGACCUUCUUGCCGACCUUGGCCGUGUACUGCUCGGCCGCCUGCACGACAGAGACAACGACGACACGCACACACACACGACAUCCCAGGCAUGAGAUGCAUCCAUUUUGGUGUGUGUGUGUGUGUGUAGGUACCUUUUCCAGGACUUGGUGUGACUUGAUGACGGCCUCGUCCUCUUUGCGGCACCGAAUCAUCACAGUGUCCUCCAGCAAACGAUACAAUCCCUGAAUGGAUUGCAAACAUGGGGGCACAGCUCACAUGGGUGGAUGAGUGGACACCAUGCAGUGGCAAUCAGCGUACGUACCUGGACGAUGAGGCUGCUGAGGAGCGGCGCGUACGAGUCCUUGUUCUUGGAUAUGGACGCCAGCACGUCCUCCACCUCCUUGUUCAGGUUGUCCAUGAUCUGACACACCACCACAAGCAGCACUCGUGAAAUCGCCAUAUGGGCUCGUGUGUGUGUCACCCAUUUAUCCACUCACCUUGGCCCUCGCAUCCAUGACCUUCAUGCGCGCAGCACCCAACGCCUUGGACGACUUGCUGCACACACACACACACACAGACAGACGAAGAGGGGCCGCGUGCGCCUCCGUGUGUCUCUCUUUGCCCAUGUGUGUUGUGUAUGUGUGUACAUUUUCUUGUCGACUUCGAGCUGUUUGAGUUUCUUGUCAUAGUCCUCGAUGAUGCGUUUCUUCUCGAGCUGUACGGUCUUGCCCUUCUGGAUGUUGAACUCCUCCUCGGCCUUGACCACAAUCUCCUGCGCCUUCUCGUACGCCUCCUGCUCGAUGAACUUAAUCAUCUGCUCUAUCUGACGCUGGGCCUCCGCGUCGUCCUACACACACACACACACACACACGCGUAGCACAACCACACACGCAGAAAAGGAGAGAGAAGGCGGUCGUCGCUGCUGGUGGCAUUUUCACAGCUGCUUCGGGCAGUGAGUGUUGCUGGUGUGUCUGUCUGCUUUGUCUGUCCUCUGCAUCUGCCACUCUCUCCUCCAAUGUGCGCCGUCCUGAGGUGGUUGCCUGAUCUUUCGUACCAUGGUGUGAAUCGAAGAUGUGCUGAACGGGCUCAACGAAGGAGGGGAAACAGGUGACCCGGCUCACGAUUUGCUUCUUG